AUGGGCGAUCCAAAUGAUCCAGAAGUAGUUGAUGCCAUGAAAUAUUUGGCUUUACCAUCUGAAGAAAAAAUUAAACUUCGAUCUCAACCAUUUGAUGCUAAAAAAGCAUGUUGGGUACCUGAUCCAAAAGAAUCAUUUAUUGCUGCUGACAUUGAAAGUACAAAAGAUAAUGAAGUUACAGUUAAAACUUCUAAAGGAGAAACACGAACAGUAAAAAAAGAUGAUAUUCAGGAAAUGAAUCCACCUAAAUAUUGGUGUAUUGAUGAUAUGGCUGAUUUAACUUAUUUGAAUGAUGCUUCAGUUUUAGCUACUUUACGUGAUCGUUAUGCACGAUGGCUUAUCUAUACUUAUUCAGGAUUAUUUUGUGUUGUCAUUAAUCCUUAUAAACGUUUACCAAUUUAUAAUAUGAAAGUAGUACUUUUAUAUCGUGGUAGAAAACGUACUGAAGUUGCACCACAUUUAUAUGCUAUUUCUGAUACUGCUUAUUCAAAUAUGCUUCGAGAUCGUGAAAAUCAAUCGAUGUUGAUCACAGGUGAAUCAGGUGCUGGUAAAACAGAAAAUACGAAAAAAGUCAUUCAAUAUUUUGCAUUGGUCGCUGCUGCUGGUACUAAAAAAGAAGAGGAGGGUGCAAAGAAACAAAUGACACUUGAAGAUCAAAUUGUAUCAGCUAAUCCUGUAUUGGAAGCUUAUGGUAAUGCCAAAACUACUCGUAAUAACAAUUCAUCUCGUUUUGGUAAAUUCAUUCGUAUUCAUUUUGGUCCAACGGGUAAAAUUGCUGGUGCUGAUAUUGAAGUAUAUCUACUCGAAAAAUCUCGUGUCAUCUUUCAACAACCAGCUGAACGUAAUUAUCAUAUCUUCUACCAACUUUGUUCAAAGGCAUUUCCUCAAUAUCAUGAAGUGUGUUUAAUUGAAAAUGAUCCAUCGAAAUAUUUUUACGUAGCUCAAGGUAUGCUUACUAUUGAUGGUGUGGACGAUGCUGAAGAAAUGCGACUUACCGAUGAAGCUUUUGAUAUUCUUGGUUUCACACAAGAUGAAAAAGUUAAUCUAUUCAAAUGUACUUCAUCUAUUAUGCAUUUUGGUAAUUCUCAAUGGAAACAACGACCUCGAGAAGAACAAGCUGAAACUGACGGUACCGAAGACUGCGAAAAAGUAGCUCAUUUACUUGGUGUUGAAGCAGCUGAUCUUAUUAAAGGUUUACUUAAACCUCGUAUUAAGGUCGGUAAUGAAUAUGUUAACAAGGGUCAAAAUAAAGAUCAAGUCAUUAACUCCAUUGGUGCUCUUUCGAAAGCGAUCUAUUUUCGUAUAUUUACUUGGUUAGUCGAUCGUGUUAACGUUACACUCGAUGUCAAAGCUAAACGACAAUAUUUUAUUGGUGUACUCGAUAUUGCUGGUUUUGAAAUUUUCGAGUUUAAUGGCUUUGAACAAUUAUGUAUUAAUUAUACAAAUGAACGUCUUCAACAAUUCUUCAAUCAUCAUAUGUUUGUAUUAGAACAAGAAGAAUAUAAAAAAGAAGGCAUACAAUGGACAUUUAUUGAUUUUGGUAUGGAUUUACAAGCUUGCAUUGAUCUUAUCGAAAAGCCUAUGGGAAUUCUUUCCAUUCUUGAAGAAGAAUGUAUUGUACCAAAAGCUACUGAUAAGACAUUUGUUGAAAAACUUUAUACUAAUCAUUUGGGUAAACAUCCACAAUUUGGUAAACCUAAACCUGGUAAAGGCAAAGCAGAAGCACAUUUUGAUAUUCAUCAUUAUGCUGGUACUGUAUCAUAUACAGCAACAUCAUGGCUUGAAAAAAAUAAAGAUCCUAUUAACAAUACUGUUGCUAUUCUUUUUGCUAAAUCGAAAAAUGCUCUGUUAAGUAUUCUCUUUGCUGAUGCUGUUGAAGAAGAAGGUGCUAGUAAAGCUAGUGGUAAAAAGAAAGGUGGUGGUAGUAUGCAAACAAUUUCAGCUACACAUCGUGAACAAUUAAAUAAAUUAAUGAAUAAUUUAAAACAAACACAUCCACAUUUUGUUCGUUGUAUUAUACCAAAUGAAAUAAAAACUGGUGGUGUACUUGAUUCACAUUUAGUUAUGCAUCAAUUAACAUGUAAUGGUGUACUUGAAGGUAUUCGUAUUUGUCGUAAAGGUUUUCCAAAUCGUAUGAUUUAUUCGGAAUUUAAACAACGUUAUUCAAUAUUAGCACCAAAUGCUAUUCCAAAAGGUUUUGUUGAUGCUAAAAAAUCAACAGAAAAUAUUCUUAAAGAUUGUCAAUUAGUUGAAGAUUUAUAUCGUUGUGGUUCAACAAAAGUCUUCUUUCGAGCAGGUACAUUGGGUCAAUUAGAAGAUAUGCGUGAUGCUGCUUUAUCAAAAAUUAUUGCUACUUUACAAGGACAAGUUCGUGGUUAUAUUAUGAAAAA